AUGUAUCAUCUUCCUUGGUGCGAGGUUGAUGCCGAGUUUACUGUCUCGUUCGACAAAGAACACCAAGGCCCUGUUCCCGACGAGAACAAAGUCGCAGGGAACGUCAUGUUCUUUGUCGAGCACUUGGGCACAGCACCCAGACUUGUUCUUGAGUACCACUUUGGGACUGAGUCUCGUACAGGUCUUUACAAGGCCAAGUCUCGUCUUGAGUUUGCUUUUAACAAGACCACGGCCAUCUCUCCCAAACCUGCCGACAAGCUCGAAGACAGACUGAUCGAUCGCCAUGAGAUCUCAGAUCUUGACAUGAUCCUUACUGGCGAUGAUGCCCAGAUUUCUUUCACGAGCGAAGGCGGUCGUGCACACGACGUUUAUUGUUACACCCAGUUCGCCAGUCGCCCCCGCCAAGUCAUUUCUAGAGACCGCCUUGAGGCCGAGCAACUGUGGGUGUUGGGCAUCGUGGAGAGAGUCGCCAAACUUGAGCCCGGAAAGACCUGUACAAUCAACAUCAAGCUCAUCGAGGACUUCAAUGUCGAACAUCAGCAGAAGCGCGACAAGAAGACACCCAUCAUGCAACUCGCAGACAUGAUCCCAUCCAAAAGCAACGGCAGAGUCGAUCCCUCCUUCCAGGGUCACGCUUACUCUACUUACCGCAACAAGCCUGGUGGCUCUGACCUGCAGUUCGAUCAGAGCUCUACUGGUGCUAGGGUCUUUCGCUCGCCCCAUCCUGGAGCUCCCAUUCGCGCUCCAGUGGUUUACGAAGACCAUGAGGAGUAUGCUCUUCAUCUCUCUAUUGGCCUCGAAAUGAUCAAAAAGGAGCAGAGGACAUACUGCGAUGCCAUCGUCAAGAAUGACCACCGCGUUAUGGUCUUCGCUGCUGGGAACUUCGCUGUUGCUUCGAUCAAGCUAAGCCACCUCCUUGCUUCCGACUUACCGAAUGUAGAGGUAAAUGAGAAGCUUAAGAUUCCUGUCGACACGAUCGUCAAGCUCACCAUGUACGGCGAGUCCAAUGAAAUGAAGAAGUGGCAUGCCACUGGUGUCGUGCAGGCCGAUUUCUACGGAUUUAACAGUGACUUGUUUGUCCUUAUACUGGACCGUUCACGCGAAGACCUGUCCUCCCUCAUCAUGGAUCAUCGAGAUGCUCGUAGAGAUGAGCAAAAGAUUCUUAAAGUCCAUGUCAAGCCAUUGUUGAGCGACCUCACCACCAAGAUGGGCAUGAACGCAGUCAACUCCGCCUUCAGCAUCGAAAACAAGCCAGACGACCCUGACUAUCGGCGAGAAACUCCCCCAUCGAAACAUUUUGACUCCAUCGACGCUGAGGCUGUCAAAAAUGCCUGGAAGAAGCUCUCCUACUCCCAUGAAAAAUGGAACUCCGCCCAGAGAGCCGCCAUCAAAGACAUCCAGCACCCCAUGGCUGGCAUACAGCUUUUCACGGGCGCCGUAGGCACCGGCAAGAGCCUUGUCAUGUCCCGCAUACAACAGAUGAUUGUCUUUUUGGGGAUCAAGUGCCUCGUCGUGGGCAAUCAAAACAAGUCUCUAGACUUGCUUACUCAAACUCUUGUUGCUGUCCUUGGUCCCAAUCCCAAGAAGAUGGUUACCCGCGUGCACUCCACUGCCCCUGACUUUGCGGUCCAUCCAAACACCGACCGUAUCGGCCCACAAUCGGAGGUCGAAGAGGACAUAUACAUGGCGAACCUGUUUGCUGCAUGGAAGGUUGCUGAGGAUACAUUCAAGAGCAAGCGUAGAGUUAUGCCUGACCACUCGGUUUACGCCCACGUUCUCGAAUACCUGACCGACAAGAACAACCGUCUCAUGGGCUUUUACACCGACGGUGUCGAUGAGAACAAGGAUCCUAUCCCGGUGGGCGACCAAGUUGAUAUGCACGCUGAGCUCCGUGCUUUACUCAAGCGCUUGGAAGAUCCUAAGACCUCCAACUUCCACGACGGCGCUCUCUGGCCUCUCGAAGAGAAGCGCAAGCUCUGUCAAUGCCUUCGCUUUUGUCGCCACAACGUCAUUCACAACACUCAGGUCGCUGUCUGUACCAAUGUCGUAAGCGGAUCCAGAGAGCUGGCCGAGUUUGCGUGUAAAGACAAUGAUCGGAUUGUCCUUUUCAUGGAUGAGGCUACCGAGAUUAACCCAGCUCUCGCUUUGGUGCUUUUGCAGACGAUGUAUGCUCACAAGAUCAAGGGCAUUUACAUGUUUGGAGACACUCGACAGCUGAAUGCCAAUCUCGUUGCUGGCACUGACGUCGAAAGAACCAUGAGUGAAUCUUAUGAUGACCCGUGGAUCAGUUGGUUCGAGCGUCUUCUCUACAACGGUUUUCCUUCGAACCACUUUGUGGUUCAAAGGCGCCAGCACAAGCUGAUCCACGAGCCGGUGAAUGGGCUACAUUACCAAAAGAGCAACUUGACGACUGACCCUCGACUGUUGGAAGACUUGAAACCCGAACGCGAGAACGUCCUGGUCGACUUCCUGGGCCUAUGUAGAGGCACUACUCAUGAGCAGAUCAAACGCAGAUAUGCUUACAUCACCAUCAUCGACUCGACCCAGACCCACCCUCCUGGCAGUAACUCUUACAUGAACCAGCCUCACAUUGACUUUGUCAUGCAGAGAGCUCGCCUAGAAGGCAUUCAAAAGUACUACGGCCCCAAUACUAUAGCUAAGGUGCUUAUUCAAGUCCCUUACCGUGCUCAGCUCAAAGCAUACAAGGCGAUGAUUUCCAAGCUUGGCCUUGAAUGGGGCUGGUCAAGAGAUCGAUUCCCCAAUGUCAAGACCAUUGAUAGUGGAAUCGGCGGAGAAGCUGAUUUCGUAAUCAAUGAUCUGACAGUCGAAGAUAGUCUUGGUUUCACAAAGAACCCUCGCCGCGACUGUCUGAUGGCCUCCCGUGCGCGGAACUACCAGAUCAUCAUCACCGGGCCUCUGACCAAGCUCUCUCGUGAGAGUACGACAGUCAUGACGAAUUUCCAUGUUAAGAGCAAGCCCAACUACCAGUACCAAGUCGGUGGUCCUAUCAAUCACCACUUUGAGUAUGCCAAGAAGAACAAAUGUUGGUACAAGGUCAAGAGCACCAGCAGUGCUGUUGAGCCUUUGAUGGCUGCUGACAAAACCACCGAUGUUGACUAUCCUGCCACGCAUGCUGCCAACGAGGCUGUUGCCGUCAAUGACUGA